AUGCUGGCAGUGUGGGAGGCAGGAACCAGACUCAGCCCUGUCAUCCUUCUCUUCUCCUCCCUUCGCCCCUUUGCGCUCGUUUUGCCCUUCCCCUCCACCCCCCUUUUCAUCCCCUUUCCCCCGCCCUUGUCUUACCUUCUUCCCCCUCCUCCCCUUCCAUCAGACCCAUGGGUGAUGGUGAAGGUGCCGCAGGGAGCGGAGCAGGUGCCAGCGUCUCAGCCCAAUGCUGGCAGCGUGGGAGGCAGGAACCAGAGGCACCGCAUGCUGCAGCGCCAGCUGUUCAUCAAGGAGCAGCGGCAGAAGGUGAAGGAGCAGAAAAAGGCGGCUCUGAAGCGACGGGAGGAAGAGGGCCACAUCAAGUGGAUGUCUGUGCUCUCAUCCACUCUCCCAUGCCCUCUCUCUCCCAUGCCCUCUCUCUCCCAUCCCUGGUUAUCCACCCUCUUGUGGCAAGCAGGAGCAGUGGCAGAAAGUGAAGGAGCAGAAGAAGGAGGCUUUGAAGCGAAGAGAUGA